AUGACUCUGAUGAAGAAUAAUACAGGAGUGACACAGUUUCUCCUGCUGGGACUCACUGAUGAGCCAGGCUUACAGCUUCCACUUUUCUUCACAUUUCUCUUCAUAUACACCAUCACACUAGUAGGAAAUCUAGGGAUGAUCCUACUGAUUGUCUUAGACUUUCGUCUCCAUACUCCCAUGUAUUUUUUUCUAGGUAACCUGUCCUUGGUUGAUUUUUGUUACUCCUCAGCGGUCACACCCACAGUCAUGACUGGGCUCCUAAUAGGAAACAAGAUCAUUUCCUAUAAUGACUGUGCUGCCCAGAUGUUCUUUUUUGUAGCCUUUGCUACUGUGGAAAAUUACCUGCUGGCCUCAAUGGCCUAUGAUCGCUAUGCAGCAGUGUGUAAUCCCUUGCACUAUGCUACCACCAUGACUACAAGUGUGUGUGUCUGUCUUUCUUUAGGUUCCUAUGCCUGUGGUUUCCUGAAUGCCUCCAUUCACAUUGGGGACACUUUCAGUCUUUCCUUCUGUAGGUUUCAUGUAGUCCACCAUUUCUUUUGUGAUAUUCCGGCAGUCAUGGUUCUCUCUUGCUCUGAUAGACAUGUCAGUGAGCUGGUUCUGAUUUAUGUAGUGAGCUUCAAUAUCUUUUUUGCUCUCUUAGUUAUCUGGAUAUCCUACAUAUUCAUUUUUAUUACAAUCUUUAAAAUGAAAUCAAGUUCAGGAUAUCGAAAGGCUGUAUCCACUUGUGCCUCACACUUCAUUGCAGUUUCAAUUUUCUAUGGAACUAUCAUAUUCAUGUACCUACAGCCCAGCUCCAGUCAUUCCAUGGAUAAUGACAAAAUUGCCUCUGUGUUCUACACCAUGAUCAUUCCUAUGCUGAACCCUCUGAUCUACAGCAUGCGGAACAAAGAAGUCAAGAAUGCAUUCACAAAAUUUUUCAUGUUGCAAAAUAACCUGUGA